GAGUGUUUUGUCAAUUUUUACAUCACUGAGCACAAUGAAUAGAUUAGUCUGCUCAAGGCUUUUUGUUUGUCAUAAGUGAUCAAUAAUCAUCUGCUGGUAAGAUGAUCUUAUUGCAGAAAAAGCCAAAGUGCACGCUGAGAACAGCUGAAAUACAAGGUCAGUAACUCUUGGGUUAUCAACAGUAAACCUGCUUUGCAUAUUUGAAGAUGACGUAUUUCUUUCAAAGUAAAGGCAACUUCAAGCCUUUGAUGAGCUUUAUUUUCUGUGCAAAACAGUCAACAUAGAAAAUAAGCCUUGCUUCGGAGUAGUCUACUCAUCCUUAAAUGUCCCUGAACCUCAUUUAAUCUUUCCCUGUAGUGAAGGUGGACGGGAAUUGCAGUCCUCUUAGGUAAGAAGAGUUUCUGUAGCCCCCGAUACAAAGGUUGGUUUGUUCCUAGUGCCCAGCAACUGCUACAGGCUUUCCAGACACAAAAGAAAGGCGUAGUCUGUGGCCUGAAGAUCGUGCAUGCUAAAAAGGCAGUCAGCUGGAGGGGAUCACAGAUCAACAACCAGCUCCGCCACCGCCGCCUGGUAACUGGCUUCAUUCCGGGAAUGUGACAGUUCAGUGGGACAAGUAAUUGGUGCCGAGGUGCUGAUGCCUCAGAGAGGACUGCCGUAACCUGCGGGUCAAGCCUGGGGUAUGAGGAGCCAGCUCUGCGAGAGAGGGAGCCUGGACAGGAGGAGACACUGGGGGCAGGACACCACUGCUAUUUAUCUGCUGGUAAUAUUCAGUUUGGUUAGUGUGAACCCCAGAUGAAGAUAACAUGGAAAACCACCAAACUGGAAAUGUGCUGUCCUGUAUGCCUUCUCACAGCUGAAUCUGGAUUGUCUUCUGAAUGGUUCACAGUCAGGAUGUAACCUCCUGUAAAAUGGAAACCUGUGAAGAACGAUACAGAUAGCAGUUGGAGCUAAAAGUUGUGGAUGAAUAUUUCUCUUCUUAAGCAUCAGCUUUUAAAAACGCUAUGGUGAUUUGGAAAGUCUCAAGGGUGAACUGCAAAGUUUUCCUCAGCUCAGUCGAUGCAUUUCUUAGUAAUUUCUCCAAGUCAUUGAUGAUCAGAGAUGGUGUGUGAUGGAAAAAAGCACCAUGUUUCUGUGUUUGUAGCCCCUGUUUUUUGGAUUAGUUUGCUGCAUUGUUGAACCGAUUUCAUUUUGAAGGGCAAAGAGUAAAUGUGAUGGAUUUAUCUUCAGAGAUGAACAAACAUGGAAGGAAUCCAGUAAGUCAUAAACUAGAAGAUCAAAAGAAGAUUUACACUGACUGGGCUAACCACUACCUAGCAAAAUCUGGCCACAAGCGGUUGAUCAAGGAUUUGCAACAGGACAUUGCAGAUGGAGUUCUGCUAGCAGAAAUCAUCCAGAUCAUCGCAAAUGAAAAGGUUGAAGAUAUCAAUGGCUGUCCACGGAGCCAGUCUCAAAUGAUUGAGAAUGUUGAUGUCUGCCUUAGCUUUCUGGCAGCCAGAGGCGUAAAUGUCCAAGGUCUUUCUGCAGAAGAAAUAAGGAAUGGAAAUUUGAAAGCCAUUUUAGGGCUGUUUUUCAGUUUGUCUCGGUACAAACAGCAGCAACAUCAUCAGCAACAGUACUACCAGUCUUUGGUGGAGCUACAACAGCAAGUCACUUCGACUCCAGCUGAAAUCAGCCAGUCCAAAAUACAUCAAGAUAUGCAGUCAAGUCUCACAGCCAGAUAUGCAACUCAGUCUAAUCACAGUGGAAUUGCAACCAGUCAAAAAAAGGCUUCUAGGCUUCCAGGACCCUCAAGAGUGCCAGCUGCAGGCAGCAGUACCAAAGUCCAGGGAGCUUCCAAUUUAAAUCGGAGAAGUCAGAGCUUUAACAGCAUUGACAAAAACAAGCCUCCACAAUAUGCAAAUGGUAAUGAAAAAGAUUCACCAAAAGGCCCUCACCCCUCUUCAGGCAUGAAUGGAAAUGUGCAGCAUCCCACCAGCACCGGGCAGCAGCAGGUCUCUGCCAUACCCUCUCCAAGUGCCAGCAAGCCUUGGCGCAGCAAAUCCAUGAAUGUCAAACACAGCGCGACCUCUACCAUGCUGUCUGUGAAGCAGCCCAGUCCCGCAACCUCCCCUACUCCAACUUCAGACAGGCUCAAGCCGCCCCCUUCUGAAGGUGUAAAGCCCCCUUCAUCUGGACAAAAAUCUAUGCUGGAAAAAUUCAAGCUGGUUAAUGCUAGGACUGCUCUGAGACCUCCUUUGUCACUGAGUUCAGGACCCAGUGACAGUGGGAGAGAGGAUGACAACUUUUCAGAGUGUGGUGAAAUGGAUGUCUUGAGUGGUGGGGUGAACAGCGGCGGCUCCACAAGCAGCAGUCCCAAAGUAUCACCCAAGUUAGCUCCUCCAAAAGCUGGCAGCAAAAAUCUCAGCAAUAAAAAGUCUUUGCUACAGCCAAAGGACAAAGAGGAAAAGAACAGGGACAAAAACAAAGUUUGCACUGAGAAAGCAGUCAAGGAAGAGAAGGAUCAGGUCAUUGAAUCAUCUACAAAGAAGAGUUCAAAAAUUGCAAGCUUAAUCCCAAAGGGAAGCAAGACAACAGCAGCCAAGAAAGAAAGUUUAGUAUCAUCUUCUAGUGGGAUCCCAAAACCUGGAUCAAAGGUGCCAACAGCAAAGCAGAGUACUUCCUCCACAUGUACAGGGAGUAAGGAGGUUGAAAAACUGAGGACUACAAAAGGAAACCAGUCCCAGUCAAUACCAAAAUCCCAGUUUAGUGAGAAGGCUUCUCCUUCCUCUGGUCUUUCUUCUUCUGAAGGGAAAGAACCAAGUGCUGCUCUCCCCCCAGGAUCCUCUGUUGGUCUGUCAGCCUCGAUGGCUGCAAGCAGUGGCCAAGGCACUGGAAAUGGUGUAGUCCAGCUUCCUCAGCAACAGCAAUACAGCCACCCCAACACUGCCACGGUAGCUCCUUUCAUUUAUAGAACUCUCUCAGAAAAUGACAGUACCUCUUUACCACCUGCUGAUUCCUGUACUAGUCCUACUAAAGUGGAUUUGUCGUUUAGUAAGACUGCCAAACAGUGCCUAGAAGAGAUAUCUGGGGAAGACCCUGAAACAAGAAGAAUGAGAACUGUCAAGAAUAUUGCAGACCUGAGACAGAAUUUGGAAGAAACCAUGUCCAGCCUUAGAGGGACCCAGAUAAGCCACAGCACACUGGAGACAACUUUUGACAGCACUGUGACAACUGAGGUGAAUGGGAGAAGCAUACCGAGCUUAUCCAGCCGAUCGACCCCUGUGACUUGGAGGCUGGGGCAGGCCAGUCCUCGGCUGCAGGCAGGAGAUGCUCCAUCCCUGGGAGCUGGUUAUCCUCGCAGCAGUGCAAGUCGCUUCAUCCACACAGACCCUUCUCGGUUCAUGUACACCACCCCACUUCGCCGAGCUGCUGUUUCUCGCCUUGGAAAUAUCUCACAGAUUGACAUGAGUGAGAAGGGGACUGGUGAUUUGGACAUAUCCUCUGAAGCAGACGUUGGUGGCUACAUGAGUGAUGGAGACAUUCUUGGGAAAAGCCUGAGGACUGAUGAUAUCAACAGUGGGUACAUGACAGAUGGAGGACUCAACCUAUAUACAAGAAGUCUGAACCGAAUACCAGACCUUGCUGCCUCUCGAGACGUCAUCCAGAGAGGUGUUCAUGACGUGACUGUGGAUGCUGACAGCUGGGAUGACAGCAGCUCAGUUAGCAGUGGCCUCAGUGACACUCUUGACAACCUCAGCACAGAUGACUUGAAUACCACCUCAUCUGUCAGCUCUUAUUCCAACAUAACAGCCUCUUCAAGGAAGAACACUCAUGCCCAGCUGAAGACAGACUCAGAGAAGCGCUCAGUUACAGACAGUGAAACUUGGGGCAGCACUGAAGAGCUGAAGAAGCCAGAGGAAGACUUUGACAGCAGCGUAGACAGCAGUGGCAAGUGGAAGGGCCUUCCCUCAGGGCUGUCUGAAGAGUCAGAGAAGGGGGGACAGAAAACAUCUCUGUCCGUAUCACAGACCGGAUCUUGGAGGAGAGGCAUGACUGCACAAGUAGGAACAACUCAGUCCAGGCACAAAGCAGGAACAAGUGCACUCAAGACCCCAGGAAAAACCGAUGAUGCAAAAGCUUCGGAAAAAGUGAAAACUCCCCUGAAAGGAGCCUCCAUACAGCGCUCUCCAUCAGAUGCAGGAAAAAGCAGUGGUGAUGAAGGGAAAAAGCCUCCUUCUGGCAUUGGGAGAUCAACUGCUACAGGGUCAUUUGGAUUCAAGAAGUCUGGGUUGGGAUCUUCUACUAUAAUCACCACAAGUGGAGCAACCAUCACAAGUGGGUCAGCAACGCUAGGAAAAAUGCCAAAAUCUUCAGCCAUCAGUGGGAAGUCCAACGCAGGGAGGAAGACGAGCUUAGACGGUUCCCAAAACCAGGAUGACGGUGUCCUGCAUGUGAGCUCAAAGACAACUCUGCAGUACCGGAGUCUGCCUCGCCCAUCAAAAUCCAGCGGCAGUGGGAUCCCUGGCCGGGGCGGCCACCGCUCCAGCACCAGCAGCAUCGACUCCAACGUGAGCAGCAAGUCUGCGGGUGCUGCUGCCACCAAACUGCGAGAGCCAAGCAAGAUCGGGUCCGGGAGGUCCAGCCCUGUCACUGUCAACCAGACGGACAAGGAAAAAGAGAAAGUGGCCGUGUCAGAUUCUGAAAGCGUCUCACUGUCCAGCUCCCCUAAAUCCAGCCCAACUUCUGCAAGCGCCUCUGGCACACCAGGACUUAGACAGCCAGGAUCCAAAUACCCAGACAUUGCUUCCCCCACAUUUCGAAGGUUGUUUGGUGCCAAGGCAAGUGGUAAAGCUGCCUCUGCACCCAGUACUGAAGGUGUGAAACCCACAUCGGCAAUGCCCAGCCCUAGUACCACAUUGGCACGGCAAGGCAGCCUGGAAUCGCCAUCCUCGGGCACAGGCAGCAUGGGCAGUGCAGGUGGGCAAAGUGGUAGCAGCAGCCCCCUCUUCAGUAAACCUUCGGACUUAAAUGCAGAUGUUGUAAGCUUAAGUCACUCCCUGGCUUCCAGUCCUGCCUCAGUGCACUCUUUUACAUCAGGUGCUCUUGUGUGGGCUGCAAACCUGAGCAGCUCUUCAGCGGGCAGUAAGGACACACCAAGUUACCAGUCCAUGACUAGCCUUCACACCAGUUCCGAGUCUAUUGACCUCCCUCUUAGCCAUCAUGGCUCUCUCUCUGGACUGACAACAAGCACUCAGGAGGUUCAGAGCCUGCUCAUGAGGACUGGAAGCGUCAGAUCUACUCUUUCGGAAAGCAUGCAGCUUGACAGAAAUACACUACCCAAAAAGGGAUUAAGAUAUACACCAUCAUCCCGGCAGACAAGUCAGGAGGAAGGCAAAGAAUGGCUACGCUCCCACUCAACUGGAGGCCUGCAAGACACUGGCAGUCAGUCCCCACUUGUUUCUCCUUCAGCUAUGUCUUCAUCUGCAACUGGAAAAUAUCACUUUUCCAACCUGGUGAGUCCAACCAACCUAUCACAGUUUAACCUUCCUGGACCCAGCAUGAUGCGUUCAAACAGCAUCCCUGCACAAGACACUUCUUUUGAGCUCUAUGAUGACUCCCAGCUGUGUGGCAGUGCUACAUCCUUAGAAGAGAGACCACGAGCAAUCAGUCAUUCAGGUUCAUUCAGAGACAGCAUGGAAGAAGUACAUGGGUCCUCAUUAUCACUUGUCUCCAGCACAUCCUCUCUCUACUCUACGGCAGAAGAAAAGGCACAUUCAGAGCAAAUUCAGAAGCUACGAAGAGAGUUGGUUGCAUCACAGGAGAAAGUUGCUACCCUUACUUCUCAACUUUCAGCAAAUGCUCAUCUAGUAGCAGCGUUUGAAAAAAGCUUGGGAAAUAUGACAGGCCGAUUGCAAAGUCUAACAAUGACAGCUGAACAAAAGGAAUCUGAGCUUAUAGAGCUAAGGGAAACCAUUGAAAUGCUGAAAGCCCAGAAUUCUGCUGCACAAGCUGCUAUUCAAGGAGCCUUGAAUGGCCCCGAUCAUACCCACAAAGAUUUACGUAUAAGGCGGCAACAUUCUUCAGAAAGUGUUUCCAGUAUCAAUAGUGCUACAAGUCAUUCCAGUAUUGGCAGUGGUAAUGAUGCUGAUUCCAAAAAAAAGAAAAAGAAAAACUGGCUAAGAAGCUCUUUCAAACAGGCCUUUGGAAAGAAAAAGUCCACCAAACCUCCUUCCUCACAUUCAGACAUAGAAGAGCUGACAGAUUCCUCCCUUCCUUCCUCACCUAAAUUACCGCACAGCUCAGGAGAAUGUGCAGCAACAUCGAUGAAACCAUCCCAGUCAGCAUCUGCGAUCUGUGAGUGCACAGAGGCAGAGGCUGAAAUUAUUCUUCAGCUAAAAAGCGAGCUGAGGGAGAAGGAGCUAAAAUUAACGGAUAUUCGUCUGGAAGCCCUCAGCUCUGCACACCAUCUGGAUCAGAUCCGGGAAGCCAUGAACCGCAUGCAGAAUGAAAUAGAGAUUCUGAAAGCUGAGAAUGAUCGCUUAAAGGCAGAGACUGGAAAUACCGGAAAGCCUGCCCGGCCACCAUCAGAGUCAUCAAGCAGCACAUCAUCUUCUUCAUCACGGCAAUCACUAGGACUUUCUCUGAACAAUUUAAACAUCACAGAGUCAGUUGCGUCAGAUGUUUUAUUGGAUGAUGUCACUGAUGGUACACUCCACAAAGAAGGUCAUAGUGUCAAAAUUUUAGUCACUAUAAACAAAGGCUAUAGUCGAGCCAAGGAUCAAAAGCCACAUGCAUACCUAAUAGGAUCAAUUGGAGUCAGUGGAAAAACAAAAUGGGAUGUUUUAGAUGGUGUAAUCAGACGUCUCUUUAAGGAGUAUAUUUUUCGAGUGGAUCCAACUACUAGCCUGGGUUUAAGCUCUGACUGCAUUGCUAGCUAUUGUAUAGGGGAUGUAACUAGAGCCCAUAGCCUAGAAGUGCCUGAACUGCUGCCUUGUGGAUAUCUGGUUGGAGAUAAUAAUAUCAUCACUGUGAACCUGAAAGGAGUAGAAGAAAACAGUUUGGACAGUUUUGUGUUUGACACAUUAAUUCCUAAGCCAAUUACCCAACGGUACUUUAAUUUACUGAUGGAGCAUCGCAGAAUUAUUCUGUCGGGACCCAGUGGCACAGGAAAAACGUAUUUAGCCAACAGGCUGGCUGAAUAUAUUAUAACUAAAUCUGGCAGGAAAAAACCUGAGGAUGCAAUUGCAACUUUUAACAUAGAUCACAAGUCAAGCAAGGAUCUGCGACAAUAUCUAGCAAGCUUAGCUGAGCAAUGCAGUGCUGACAACAAUGGUGUUGACCUCCCUGUCGUCAUAAUUCUUGAUAACCUCCAUCACAUCAGUUCACUAAGUGACAUCUUCAACGGUUUCCUCAACUGUAAAUACAAUAAGUGUCCCUAUAUUAUUGGAACCAUGAACCAAGGAGUUUCUUCUUCACCAAAUCUGGAGAUGCAUCACAAUUUCAGGUGGGUGCUAUGUGCUAAUCACACAGAGCCUGUUAAGGGUUUCUUAGGAAGAUAUCUGAGAAGGAAACUGAUAGAAACUGAAAUAGAAAAGAGCAUACGCAAUAAUGAGCUUAUGAAAAUCAUUGACUGGAUCCCCAAAACAUGGCAUCAUCUCAACAGCUUCCUGGAAACACACAGCUCUUCAGAUGUAACCAUUGGUCCCCGUCUCUUCCUCCCUUGCCCUAUGGAUGUUGAUGGCUCCAGAGUGUGGUUCACAGACCUUUGGAACUAUUCCCUGGUUCCAUAUCUUCUGGAAGCUGUGAGAGAAGGACUCCAGAUGUACGGUAAGAGAGCUCCCUGGGAGGAUCCCUCCAAGUGGGUAGCUGAUACCUAUCCAUGGAGCUCUGCAACUCUACAGCAUGAGUGGCCAUCACUACUUCAGUUAAGACCUGAAGAUGUUGGUUAUGAAGGUUAUGCAUCAGCAAAAGAAGGAACCACCUCUAAGCAUGUUCCACAGACUGAUACAGAGGGGGAUCCCUUGAUGAAUAUGCUAAUGAGGCUUCAAGAGGCAGCCAACUAUUCGAGCGCACAGAGCUGUGACAGUGAUAGCACCAGCCACCAUGACGACAUUUUGGAUUCAUCCCUUGAAUCAACUCUCUGAAAGGGACAAAUCUUGCUGUAGGAUAAUGUUUCAGCAUGUUGUUUUGAUUGCUAUAGUUGUACAUGAAGAAUUCAGCAUAAAAGAACACUGAAGCAGUGAUGUCCACUGUGGAAGAGGAAGAGUUUAUACUGUAAAAGUGGGUUGGUUUUGCACAGUCUACUGGGUGGGUAUUGUAAAUA